AUGCUGGUAGACUUCUUCCUCAGCGGCCCCGGGGCCCGACCUGCUGAUACGUCUGUCACGCUCACCCUGAGAGGCAGCGAGAAUCGUUGCCUCAGACACUCAGGCGUCAGGCUCUCAACGUCUCACCCGGAUUUUGGAGGGGAGGUUCGAAGUCCAGAGUCUCAGACUCCAGCCGUAUGGUUUUUCACCUGCGGCUCCGAGCGUCAGAGUCCUCUCACGCGUGUGACGAGCCGACAACGCCAAAAUGUGACAAGUAUAAAUAUCAGCCAGCAGACAGCAUCAGGGUCACUUCACAGCUCGGUCCUGGUCUCAGUCGGAUCAACAAGAGACUCUGAGGCUCCACAGCAGGUUCAACACAUCAUGGCAACCCGUCAGUGCACCGUUGAGAUUGAGAAUAAGUGCUCUGAGUACACCUUCUGUAACCCGCAGGUGUUCACUUUCAGUGGAAUCUAUGAGAAGCCUUUGCCACCAACUCUUGGUCCCUCUGAAUCUUGCAGCGCUCUGUUCGUCAAGACUCCUCACGGAGCACGUGGAGCUGUUGGAGUCCUCACUUAUGAUCUGCAGAAUGAAUCAAAGAAAUGUGAUGGAAAAAUGGCCGUCAUGUUCUCCAUUCCUUAUGACUACUUCUGGUACCGUAACUGGUACGGAGUGGGAGUCUAUGACAUUAAUACAAAGUGUGAUAAGAGCCUUUUUCACGAGAUGUAUUACAACACAGAGAAAGGGUUUGUCAGAGCUGAAGCUAAAGACAGUCUGACUUACAGAGGUGAAGAUGUUAAUAUCGCAGUCACCAUGUCCGACAGUUGCACACCUGUCAUCAAGGUGCAGGUGUCUUCAGGUUCUUCCAAGCACCAUUAAUCCCAGUUGGCUCACUAAGACAGAAAGUCUCUUCUUUAUUUCAUCCUGUCACUUUUCAUUCUCUGUGUUAGUUUCUCUUUAUAUAUCUGCUGUCUGCUUAGAUGCUGAACUGUGUUUCUUUGUUCUGCUGCUGACCGUGUGUGAUGACAAUAAAGUGGAAUCUGAUCUACUAAAUAUUUGUGUGAUAAAACAUCUUACAGCAAGACACUGCAGGUGAAUA